AAGGAAUCCUGUGAGUGAGUAAUUCCGGGAAGCUCGCCUUACAACUCCGCGCCGCCCCCCGCGCCGCCCGCCCCACAACAAAACUCGGCGCAGCGCUCUCGGGAGCCCGGCUCGGAGCGACCCGCGAGUCGGGACCGGAGGGGAAUCGGACAGGCGGAGGGCGCGGGCCGGGACAGCAAGCCCGGACGGCAGCGGCGGCCGCGCGUGCACCGGGCGCCAGGCGAAGCGGGCCGAGAGGCGGGGCUCAGCCCAGAGGGCACCUUCUGAAAACAUGUCUGUGGACCCCUUAUCCAGCAAAGCCCUGAAGAUCAAGCGUGAGCUGAGCGAGAACACGCCGCACCUGUCGGAUGAGGCGCUGAUGGGGCUGUCGGUGCGCGAGCUGAACCGGCACCUGCGCGGGCUCUCGGCGGAGGAGGUGACGCGGCUCAAGCAGCGACGUCGCACGCUCAAGAACCGCGGCUACGCGGCCAGCUGCCGCGUGAAGCGCGUGUGCCAGAAAGAGGAGCUGCAGAAGCAGAAGUCGGAGCUGGAGCGCGAGGUGGACAAGCUGGCGCGCGAGAACGCGGCCAUGCGCCUGGAGCUCGACGCGCUGCGCGGCAAGUGCGAGGCGCUGCAGGGCUUCGCGCGCUCCGUUGAGGCCCCCAAUCCCCAUCGCUGA